CUCUACAUCCUCCAGAGAGAAGCAACAGUUGCUCGAAACUGCUCAGCCUAAUCUUCAUACCGAAGCUAAAUUCUAGCUUUCACUCGACACGAUCAGGAGGAACUUGAUUCAAAGACUACACAACGAGAUCAACUUGAUCAAAUCUGAAGAGGAGACUGCAUUUUUUUUAAAGAGAUUGGAAAGAAGUGGUCAUAAUGUUUUCUGGAAUGAAUCUAAGAGUGCUUGCUUUACUGUGCCUGACUUUCUGUGGAUGGGCUACGGCUCAGGAUUGCAGUGGACAAUGCCAAUGCCCUGAUGUACCACCCCAGUGUUCGCCUGGUGUGAGCCUGGUGCCGGACACCUGUGGGUGCUGCCGGGUGUGUGCCAAGCAACUGGGCGAACUUUGCACAGAGCGAGACGUUUGUGACCCCCACAAAGGCCUUUACUGUGACUACGGCUCCCCAAGCAACCGUCGUAUUGGAGUCUGCACAGCAAGAGAAGGUGCCACUUGCGUGUUUGGUGGAAUGGUGUAUCGCAGCGGAGAGUCCUUCCAGAGCAGUUGUAAAUACCAGUGCACGUGUCUAGACGGUGCUGUAGGUUGCGUGCCCCUCUGUGGAAUGGACAUUAGGCUCCCCAGCCCUGACUGCCCGAUGCCCCGCAGGGUGAAGGUCCCAGGGAAGUGCUGUGAGGAGUGGGUGUGUGACUCCCCUCAACAGAAUACCUUUGUGGGACCAGCUUUGGCAGCUUACAGAGAGGAGGAGACAUACGGGCCCGAUCCCUCCAAGAUGAGAGAGAACUGCCUGGUUCAGACCACAGAAUGGAGUGCAUGCUCAAAGACCUGCGGCUUGGGAAUCUCUACCCGUGUCACCAAUGACAACCGCGAGUGCCGUCUUGAGAAGCAGUCCCGCCUCUGUAUGGUUCGCCCCUGCGAUUCACACCUAGAGGAGAAAAUCAGGAAAGGGAAGAAGUGUAUCCGCACACCACGAGUCUCAAAACCCAUGAAGUUUGAGAUUUCUGGCUGCACCACCACCAAGUCUUACCGGCCCAAGUUCUGUGGCGUUUGCACGGAUGGACGCUGCUGCACGCCUCACAGAACUGCCACCUUGCCCAUGGAGUUCAAGUGCCCAGACGGCCAAGUCAUGAAGAAGCAGAUGAUGUUCAUCAAGACCUGCGCAUGCCACUACAACUGCCCCGGGGAGAACGACAUCUUUGAGUCCAUGUAUUACAAGAAGAUGGUCGGUGACAUGGCGUAAGGAGACAGUGACAGCAACGCCAAGGAGUUCCAUGCGGUGACUGUCCACUUGAAUCUAGCAGAUAUCCAUCUCAUAUCUCAGCACAAAGUAAUUGUUUGUCUUUUUAUGGUUUUUUGCUUUCAUUUUACAUUUUUUUGUGUGUAUGUAUUUUGUACAUGGACUACAUUUGUCAUGGUGGAUGUCUAAGGUUAGGGGGUGGGGAUUGUAAAAUGACUCUGUUCGGACGCCCCAUAAAAAAACAUUACUGCACUAAUAGUCCGACUCUGUGACGCCCAAUGUCACUGAUUGGCAGAUGAUGCCAAGCCCCUCCCCCAAACUGUGGUGGGCAGAUUCAGAUUCUGAGAAAAAUAGUAAGAAACCGGAAGGCAGCUUUUAGCCCUAGAAGCUAAUCGCCUCACCAAGCCGAUAGAAGGCAGAAGAAAGAGACAGAGAAACUGAUGUGCUCUUAUGUUUAGUUGAUUUUUUUUAGCUGAAACAAGACAUGAAGUUUGGCCAAGAACUAUGAAGGUUAAUAUAGCACUGAGUGUUUGACUUCGACUGUCUGGCCCCUCCUGAUGGGAGAGAGUCAGUACCCCUGUCAAAAAGACUGGAUGAAUUGUAGCUUCAUUCUAUUUUUAUUACAGUAUCUAUUUUUUGAAAGCUGUAAAUAAUGUACAUAUUUUGUACAUCUUAAGUUAAUUUUAAUUCAAAGCAUUUGAUGUCUUGCUUAUUUUCUUGCUUUACCAUGUUUAAAUAAUAGCUCCAUGUGCUGACUUGACUGUUCUUCUUACAGUUUGUCCAAUAUUUUAUUGAGAAGUGUGACCAAAAAGUUACGUUUUCACUUUUUUUGUAGUUAUAAAUAAAAUAUUAUAUUUUUAUA